AUUUAUUACAUGUCCUAAUUAUGUAUGCCUUCUCUUAUUUUAGUAUCUGCCCCACCUCCUGUAUACCAGCCCCCUCCACCUGAAAAGAGGCCGGAAGAACAUUUUCAGAGCUCUGGUUCUAUUAAUGAGGAGCAGGUGCGGAGCGCUAUCCUGGCGUUUGUUGACCAGAAUUGUUGUUAUGGAUCCAAACCAGCAACAGAAAUGAAUUUUGAACAAAUUCUACCAUCGAGUGCACUCCAUUACCAACUUGAAACAUACACUGAGAGUCGUAUAACUAAAAGAGUUUGUGUACCUUAUCGAGGUGGCAUCGUAGAUGGACCACAUAUGGGUGCCCCACCGCCACCAUGGUCCAUGCCAUGUCAUCCUGAUAGCUUGUUUAAAGACCACACCAAAACCAUGGAAAUUCCCCACACUUCUGAUGUCAGGGUAAGAGAAAAUAAUUUUUGUCUUUUUAACAUUCAAGACAGUAACUGUCUGAGCCUCUGAAGCCGGGCACACACU